UCUAAUUUUCAUCAAACAUCAAUACCUCGCUUCAUUCUUCUUAACAUUUGCUUCUUCUUCUUUUUCAUUCUAUGGAGACCAACUCUCGCACCCUGGAGAUCACACUUCUGUCAGCAGAAGAUCUGAGAAUCUACAACAAAUCCAUUAAAAACAACGCUUUCGUCGUCGUUUGGACCGACGCUUAUAACUACAAGACGACGAAGAUCGAUGCAGACGGAGGGAGCUUUCCUUCAUGGAACGAUAAACUAGUGAUGCCCAUGCCCAUCCACACGCACUUCGUUACACUCCAAGUCAAAUGCAAGGCUUCAAUCGGCGGCGAUAAAACAGUCGGAAUCGCAAGAAUACCGGUGACUGAUUUCAUUGGAGGGUAUUAUCCCGAGAAUCGUUUACAGUUCUUGAGUUAUCGAUUGAGAGAUUCCAAGGGGGUGAAGAACGGAAUCGUUAAGGUUUCCGUUAGGGUAAAAGGGGCGUUACAAGGUUGUUCUUCACAGGCUGCGGCGUCUGGGCUUGGAAUCGCCGUUGAUGGACGUAAUGAUUCGGGAGUCGUUACUGGGAUUCCAAUUUGGAAUGGUUAUCCAUAUGGAUCUUUGUUUAGAUGAUUUUCAUGGAAUUAG